AUGGAGUUCUAUGAGUUUUUCAGUUUCUUGUUGAUUCUAAAGGAAUCUAUGAAACUUCUCCCCAAAAAUGGAAAGCUCAUGACAUCAACAAUUAUACUUACCCUAAUCCUAUAUUCGAUCUUGUUCUUUUCCUUCACCUUCUCCUUCAAUUUCUUGCUUAAUGAUAUUGUCGAGGUUUACAAGAAGAAUCCUAGCUUUGUAGCUGAUCAGAGCCCGUUUACACCAAAUACUACUUCUUUCAGGCCUAAUCCAACCGAACUUGUUGGAGUAGAACGGCUCAGAGAUGAUUUUUCUCUUCUUGUGGCUGUGCAAAUGGCUUUCCUCCUUGCAGUUCUCAUUGUGUCGAACUUCUCCACUACUGCAACAGUAUUAGUAUCAGCCAUGUCUUACAACGAUGAGACAUCAUCCAUGAAAGAUCUAUGUUUACGGAUACUGAGAACAUGGAAAAGGGCACUGAUAACAGAAUUCUAUACCAAACUUCAUGCAAUGGCUUACCUGUUCUUGGGUGUGGUAUUGACUGUUCCUUUAUUCAUGUCUGCUAAUCUCACCACAUUUUCAGCCGUCGUCUUGCUAGUUAUUUCUGCUUGUGUUUGCUGUUUAUAUUUGCCCGUGGCCUGGAACUUGGCUAUUGUGGUAUCUAUAGUCGACGAAGGUUGUGGAAUAGAGGCAUUGGGAAAAGCUGCCUCACUUAUUAAGGGCAAGAGAUUGCAUGGUUUUAUGCUGAACAUAUGCUUCAGCCUGCUGGGUUUGAUUCUGUUGCUUGGCUGCGGUAUGAUGCCAGUGAAUUGGACCAUUAAUGGAUUGGUUAUGGUGUUAUUCUUUACUUUGGGAAAUUUUUUCCCAAACGUGGCAUAUACGGUAUUAUACUUCUGGUGUAAGAGGAGCUGUGGUGAAGAAAUUGAAUUAUACAGGAUCAUAGAAUACACCAAACUGUCCACGACUCAACCAGAGAGCAAGUCUAGCAAUGUAUCAAGUCAAGUGAUGGAAAAACUCUUGUAG